UUGUAUGGGGGAGAAAGAAAGGGGGACGCCGACGGACAGAGUGGGAGGGCCCCUGGCGCCGCUCGUGCUGCCCUGCCGGAGCGCGAGCCCGAGCCCGAGCUCGACCCCGAACCCGGAGCGCCGAGCCUGGCUGGGGACCUGUCCCACACAUGAAGUAGGCAUCCACCAUGGCUGAGCCCUGGGGCCCUGUAGACCACGGAGUCCAAAUUCGCUUCAUCACAGAGCCAAUGGGUGAUGCAGAGAUGGGCACCCUGCGUCGUAGUGGGCAACGUCCAACUAAGAAUGCAAGAGCCAGUACCUAUGGGGUUGCUGUGCGUGUGCAGGGCAUUGCUGGGCAGCCCUUUGUGGUACUCAACAGUGGGGAGAAAGGUGGUGAUUCUUUUGGUGUCCAAAUCAAAGGGGCCAACAAUAGAGGGGCCCCAGGAACUUUGAGUUCUGAUUCAGAACUCCCUGAGAGUUCCUACCCUUGGGCCAAGGAGGCUCCUGCCCCCUUUCAGGGCAGCAUGUCUGAUGAGGAGCCGGGGGCCUGCAGGAAAGGAAGGCUACUCCGCUCACAGUCCCAGGCCUCACUGGCAGUCCCUGCCCCUCUGGGUCCAAAUGACAGGAGCACCAGCCUGCGGGAGCUAGCCCACCAAGGAGCCUCCGGUGGGAGCACCAUUGACACUGCUCCCCUGUCUUCAGUGGACUCACUCAUCAACAAGUUUGACAGUCACCAUGGGGGUCAGGCCCGGGGCCGGACUGGCCGCCGCACAAGGACGCUGCCCCGUGAACAACGCAAGCGGAGCCAGAGCCUGGACAGUCGGCUUCCUCGAGACACCCUUCAGGAACGGGAGCGCCAGUCACCGAACCACUGGACCCCUAGUGCAAAGCAUGACCACCAUGUUGGCAGAUUGAAACAGCCAGCCCAGAUCCAGGGCCCUCUCAGUAGCUUUAGCCAUUCACGUCAGACCCAGGACUGGGUUCUUCAGAGUUCUGAGGAGCCAGCGGGGAGAGCACAGGACCCUGCCAUGCUGCAGUUCAAAUCAACUCCAGAUCUUCUCCGAGACCAGCAGGAGGCAGCCCCACCAGGCAGUGUGGACCAUGUGAAAGCCACCAUCUAUGGCAUCCUGAGGGAGGGAAACUCAGAAAGUGAAAUCUCUGUAAGGAGAAAGGUCAGUUUGGUCUUGGAGCAGAUGCAGCUUCUGGUGGUGGCUUCUCCUGUUUCUGCUAAGACCCUGGCAGGGCAGGGUGAACUCACCCAAAAAGUGGAAGAGCUGCAGCAGAAGCUGGACGAAGAGAUGAAGAAGUGGCAGAAGCUAGAGCCAUCCUGGGCCAGGCUGGAACGGCAGCUGGAGGAGAAGGCAGAGGAGUGCUGCCGGCUGCAGGAGCUGCUGGAGAGGAGGAAUGGGGAGGCCCAGCAGAGCACCAAGGAGCUCCAGAACAUGAAGCUCCUCCUGGACCAGGGUGAAAGGGCACGGCACAGGCUGGAGACCCAGGUGGGGGAGCUGCAGGACAAGCUGAAACAAGCCCGGGGUUCUGAGCCUGCUAAGGAAAUGCUAAUGAAGGACCUGUUAGAGACCCGGGAGCUUCUAGAAGAGGUUUUGGAGGGGAAACAGCGGAUAGAGGAGCAGCUGAGGCUGCGGGAGCGAGAGCUGACAGCUCUGAAGGGGGCCCUGAAGGAGGAGGUGGCUUCCCGUGACCAGGAGGUGGAGCAUGUUCGGCAGCAGUACCAGCGAGAUGCAGAGCAACUUCGACGGAGCAUGCAAGAUGCAACCCAGGACCACGCAGCAUUGGAAGCUGAGAGGCAGAAGAUGUCAGCUCUGGUGCGAGGGCUGCAGAGGGAGCUGGAGGAGACCUCAGAGGAGACAGGGCAUUGGCAGAGCAUGUUCCAGAAGAACAAGGAGGAGCUUAAAGCCGCCAAGCAGGAACUCCUACAGCUGCGGAUGGAGAAGGAGGAGAUGGAAGAGGAGCUUGGGGAGAAGAUAGAGGUUUUGCAGAGGGAAUUAGGGCAGGCCCGAGCUGGGGCUGUGGCUGCUCGCCAGGUGGAGGAGCUCAAGAAGGAGCUGUGCCAGACACAGGAAGACCUGAAGGAGCUGCAGGCAGAGCGGCAGAGCCAGGAGGUGUCUAGGCGACAGCGGGAGCGGGAGUUAGAGAAGCAGCUGAAGGUCGAGGCCGAUCGAGGCCGGGAGCUGGAACAGCAGAACCUCCAGCUACAAAAGACUCUCCAGCAACUGAGACAGGACUGUGAAGAGGCUUCCAAGGCUCAGAUGGCAGCAGAGGCGCAGGCGGCGGUGCUGGGGCAGCGUCGGGCAGCCAUGGAAACGACGCUUCGGGAGACCCAGGAGGAAAACGACCAGUUCCGAGGGCACAUCCUGGGUCUGGAGCAGCAGCUGAUGGACGCACGGGGCCUGGCAGAGGGUGGGGAAGUGGCGGAGGCGCGACUUCGGGACAAGGUGCAGCGGCUAGAGACAGAAAAACAGCAGCUACAGGGGGCCCUGAAUGCAGCUCAGGAAGAGGAGGGGAGCCUGGCAGCUGCCAAGCGAGCCCUUGAGGCGCGGCUCGAGGAGGCCCAGCGCGGACUGGCCCAUCUGGGGCAGGAGCAGCAGGCACUGAGCAGAGCCCUGGAGGAGGAGGGGAAGCAGCAGGAGGCUCUCCGGCGGGGCAAGGCCGAGCUAGAGGAACAGAAGCGUUUGCUGGACAGGACAGUGGACCGACUGAACAAGGAGCUGGAGCAGAUCAGGAACGACUCCAAGAAAGGCCUGCAGCAGCUCCAGGCCCAGCUGGAGGAUUACAAGGAAAAGGCUCGGUGGGAAGUAGCAGAUGCCCAGCGCCAGGCCAAGGAGUGGGCCAGUGAGGCUGAGAAGGCCUCUGGGGGGCUGGGCCGGCUUCAGGAAGAGACCCAGAGGCUGCGGCAGGCCCUGCAGGCAUCCCAGGCUGAUUGGGACACAGCCCGGCUGGACAAAGAACUGCUGGUCCAGCGACUGCAGGGGCUGGAGCAAGAGGCAGAGAACAAAAAGCGCUCCCAGGAUGACAGGACCCGGCAACUCAAGGGCCUUGAGGAAAAAGUCUCACAGCUGGAGGCAGAGUUAGACGAGGAGAGGAACACUGUGGAGCUGCUGACCGACCGGAUGAAUCGUGGACGGGACCAGGUGGACAACCUGAGGUCAGAGCUCAUGCAGGAGAGGUCUGCUCGGCAGGACCUGGAGUGUGACAAAAUCUCUCUGGAGAGACAGAACAAGGACUUGAAGAGCCGGUUGGUUAGCUCAGAAGGCUUCCAGAAGCCCAAUGCCAGCCUUUCUCAGCUUGAAUCCCAGAAUCGGGGGUUGCAGGAGCGGCUGCAUGCUGAAGAGAGGGAGAAGACAGUUCUGCAGUCCAACAACCGAAAACUGGAGCGGAGAGUUAAAGAACUGUCCAUCCAGAUAGAUGAUGAGCGGCAGCAUGUCCAUGACCAGAAAGACCAGCUAAGCCUGAGGGUGAAGGCUUUGAAGCGGCAGGUGGAUGAAGCAGAAGAGGAAAUUGAGCGACUGGAUGGCCUGAGGAAGAAGGCCCAGCGUGAGCUGGAGGAGCAGCAUGAGGUCAAUGAACAGCUGCAAGCCCGGAUCAAAGCCCUAGAGGACUCCUGGCGCAAAGCUUCACGUUCAGCUGCUGAGUCGAAACUCCAACAUGAAGGGCUGAGCUCAGAUGAGGAAUUUGACAGUGUAUAUGAUCCUUCCUCCAUUGCAUCACUGCUCAUGGAAAGCAACCUGCAGACCAGCUCCUGUUAGCUCAUGGUCCACGAGGGCCCAGAAACCAUGCCUGAGGCCUUUCCCGGCCAGCCCUGCUCUGCCCUGCCAAGCCUCAGAUUCCUCAUUCCUGUGGGGGACCCAAUUAUUCAGACCUAAGACAGGGAAGGGUGUGUGAGUGGUGGUGAUAAAAAAGCAUCAGUGCCAAGCUUGGUAGACAGACUUUCCCUUUCCUCUAGAGGAGUAGUUAUUUUAGGCCAGCUGAGCCCUUCCCUUAAGUGCCGACCCAUCCCUCACAGAGGCAGAAUGAUCAGCAUAUAGGCUGAAGGGGAUUGAUCAGGGUAGGAAGGGACAGAAAUUGCCAUGUAUAUAAAGCUUUAUUUCUUUAGCCCUUAAUCCUCAGGCUCAGGGAAAUACUCUGUGUGAUUUUGCUGCCUUGACUCCUACAAACUGUUUUCCUCUCUGGAUCAGGGUGAGGGGAACAUUAUGGGUAGUGGACAUGCUGGCAUGGCUCUACCCAGUUCUUAGAUGCUCAUCUUUGCACAGCCAUGGGUCUCAUGGGGUAUUCCCCAUGCCCCUCCAUUCCUAUAUAUUUUUUUGUCUUCCCCAAGCUAGUGGAUCCAAGGGAUCCCUCCACCAUCCCUUCCCAUUCUCACCAUUCCUACCUUCCUUCUUCCCAUUCAGUGCCUUGGCUAGGGUGAGGAGAUAUGGAUGCUCUUCUUGCUGUUCACACCUGUACAUUUGUUCCUCUCCAAGAACCAGCCAUUCCCCAGUUGGGGCCCUUAGCGUUCCUUGCAGCCCCAUUGAGUGGUUGAGAGAGCUACUGGCCUCUCUGCUGAUAAGCUCCUAGGGGAAGGGCCUUUGGGAAGGCUGUCAUAAGUUGGUGGGGCCUGGUUUUGUUCAGGGUUUCCAUCCUUCCUCCUUUCUCUUGUGGCUAUGGAUGAGUUUAUAAAACGGUUACACCUGGAAACACUGACAGCUGUGUACACAAGGUCGGAAAGCAAAGGUCUUCCUCAUGGUGUCUCUGACCAGAUGUGCCCAAUCUCAGCAGGGAUCUGAGGGACCUUCAUUAUAUCAGGAGCUUGGGGCUGAUACAGGGCUUACUGCCUGGGGCUGGCAUCUGGCUCUUGGUAGAAAUGGGAAGAGAUGAUGGAGGAUUUAUUCCUCCUUUGGGUUUUUUGGGAGAACCAAGUUCUGGUGGGGAGGAGGUAAGGGAGAUAAUUCACCUCCCUUAUUUGCUAAGCAGACUCUGUAAGGAGCCUCGGGAAGGAAGAAGCUUGUUCUCACCAAUGACUUAUAAUUUCAUGAUUAAAAAAUAAUUCCUGUUAUGUAAAUCAGGUAUUUCCUCCCAAACCAAUCCAGCCUUGAUUUUAUUUUAAAUUAAAUAUUAAAAUUAUGUAUCUAUACUGAAA